AAGAAGCUCGCAUCGCAAGCCGAUCUUUUACUCCUCCUUCUCUAAUUCAAGCCAAGACAUAGCUUGUAGGCUAAAGCAAUGGCAAGCGUCGUCGUCAGGCCCAGCAAGCUCCUCCUUGCUCUCCUUGUCGCGGCAAUGGCAGCGUCUCCUCGGGCUCUCGCGUACGACCCGAGCCCUCUGCAGGACUUCUGCGUCGCCGACACCGCCUCCAACGUGUUCGUGAACGGGCAGGCGUGCAAGGACCCGGCGCAGGUGACGGCGGCCGACUUCGCCUUCUCGGGCCUGCAGGACGCGGGCGACACCGGGAACGCGUUCGGCUCCAAGGUGACGCUGGUGGACGCGCGGGCGCUGCCUGGGCUCAACUCGCUGGGCGUCGCCAUGGCGCGCCUCGACAUCGCGCCGGGCGGCGUCAACCCGCCGCACACGCACCCGCGCGCCACCGAGGUGCUCACCGUCGUGGAGGGCCAGAUGUACGCCGGCUUCCUCGCCACCGACGGCAAGCUCUUCGCCAGGGUGCUCAACCGGGGCGACGCCUUCGUCUUCCCCAGGGGCCUCGUCCACUUCGAGUUCAACUGCGGCGCCGGCCCCGCCGUCGGCCUCGCCGGCCUCAGCAGCCAGAACCCCGGCCUCGUCCGCGUCGCCGACUCGCUCUUCGGCGCCGCCCCCGCCGUCACCGACGAGGUCCUCGCCAAGGCGUUCAGGAUCGACGCCGCCACCGUGCAGAGGAUCAAGGCGCAGUUUGCCAAAAAGUAGAUUGUUGUUCACUGCUAGUAAAAUGGCCCGUCGGUGUCCUUUAUUGUUGUUUGUGUAUAGAUUCCCUGGCUGAAUAUUGCCCGGGUAUCGGUCCUUUAUUUGUCAUCAAAUUCUGAUUUGGUUACUUUUUUUUUCUUGUCUGUAUUAAUUCAUCAUGUCCUUAUUGGAUAAAUAUUUCUGUUUUUUAAGUAGUCGAACAAUGCAAUUAUAAUCUAUCUUGCACAUCUUAUUAAAACAAUUAAUCUAUAUUCCCUU